AUGGCCGGGAAGGCGCUGUCGCUGCUGCCGCCGCUGCUGCUGGCCGCGGCGGGCCUCGCCGGCCUCCUGCUGCUGUGUGUCCCCACCCGCGACAUCCGGGAGCCGCCCGCCCUCAAGUAUGGCAUCGUUCUGGAUGCUGGCUCUUCCCACACAUCCAUGUUCAUCUACAAGUGGCCAGCGGACAAAGAGAACGACACAGGCAUCGUGGGCCAGCACAGCUCCUGUGAUGUGCGUGGUGGGGGCAUCUCUAGCUACGCUGACAACCCUUCUGGGGCUGGGCAGAGUCUUGUGGAAUGCCUGAAUCAGGCACUUCGGGAUGUGCCCAAGGAGAGACACGCAGGCACGCCCCUCUACCUGGGAGCCACAGCGGGCAUGCGCCUGCUCAACCUAACCAGUCCAGAGGCUUCGGCCAACGUGCUCGCGGCCGCGACGCAGACGCUGACCCAGUAUCCCUUUGACUUCCGUGGUGCCCGCAUCCUCUCAGCCCAGGAUGAGGGGGUGUUUGGCUGGGUGACCGCCAACUACCUGCUAGAGAACUUUAUCAAGUAUGGCUGGGUGGGCCAGUGGUUCCGGCCAAGGAAGGGGACGCUGGGGGCCAUGGACCUGGGGGGCGCCUCCACACAGAUCACCUUCGAGACGGCCAGCCCAGCUGAGGAUCCGGCCAAUGAGGUCCAGCUGCGGCUCUACGGCCAGCACUACCGCGUCUACACCCACAGCUUCCUCUGCUACGGCCGUGACCAGGUCCUCUGGAGGCUGCUGGCCAGUGCACUCCAGACCCAUGGCUUCCACCCCUGCUGGCCGAAGGGCUAUUCCACUCAUGUGCUGCUCCAGGAGGUGUAUGAGUCGCCAUGCACUGCAGCCCAGCGGCCCCAGACUUUCAACAGAAGCGCCAAGGUCAGCCUGUCGGGAAGCAGCGACCCUGCCCUGUGCCGUGGCCUCAUCUCUGAGCUCUUUAACUUCUCCUCCUGCCGCUUCUCUAGAUGCUCCUUCAACGGCAUCUUCCAGCCCCCUCUGGCUGGAAAGUUCAUUGCCUUCUCUGCUUUCUUCUACACGGUGGACUUCCUGAGAACUGUGAUGGGGCUGCCCGUGGCAACCCUGCAGCAACUAGAGGCGGCCGUGGUCACCAUCUGCAACCAGACGUGGAGUGAGCUGCAGGCUCGGGCGCCUGGGGAGCGGGCUCGCCUGCCCGACUACUGCGCUGGGGCCACAUUCGUGCAGCAGCUGCUGUGCCGCGGCUACGGCUUCGACGAGCGCGCUUUCGGAGGCGUGACCUUCCAGAAGAAGGCCGGGGACACCGCGGUCGGCUGGGCGCUUGGCUACAUGCUGAACCUGACCAAUCUGAUCCCCGCCGACCCGCCCGGGCUGCGCAAGGGCACAGACUUCAGCUCUUGGGUCGUCCUCCUUCUGCUCUUCGCCGCCAUGCCCCUGGCUGCGUCCGUCCUUCUGCUGCACCGGGCGUGCUCUGCCAAGUCGCCGAGCGCCAUCUAG